GCAUUGGAAAUGAAAUUAAAAUGCCUAGACGAAAAUGAUGUUCGUCUUGCUGAUAGUUAUCAUCAACUUGGGCGUAUCUACUGUGGUCAGAACAUGUGCGAUGUGGCUCUUUCCAUGCAUGAUAAAUCGCUCCAAAUUCGAUUAUUAGUCCUUGGUCAUAAUCAUCUCCAUGUUGCUGACUCAUAUCACGGCAUAGGAAUUGUCUAUAAGAAGCAAGGCAAGUAUGAUUUGGCUCUUUCUGUUCAUGACAAGUCGCUCCAGAUUCGAUUAUCAGUCCUUGGCUACCAUCAUCCAGAUGUUGCGCUAAUAUAUAACAACAUUGGAGUUAUUUAUGAUUUGCAAGGCAAGUACGAUGAGGCCCUUUCUAUGUACAAUAAAUCACUUUAUAUUGCCCUACCAGUCUUCGGUGAGAAUCAUCCUAAUGUUAGAAGAACAAGAAAUAAUAUU